GCAGGACCAUCCGGGUCGUUAUUCUAGUGAUAAUGAAUACUAUUAAAGCUAUUAAAAAUGCAAUAGUCUGUCUCGUCCUCCUGCCCCGCUUUCUGAUGGCAGCCGUCAUGUUUUGGCUGCUUGACUUUAUUUGCAUUAGGAAAAGGGUCUUCUUCAGCAUGAAGGAGCAGGAGGGCGAUGCCAUCGAUCCUCCUCUCUGCAUAUCAGACUCCAAUCGUCUCUUCAGCCUGGAGUCCCUCAAAGCAGUGUGGCACGGCCAUAAACUGGACUUUCUCAAAGCAGCGCACCUCGGACACGGAGCGCCCAACACCGAAGUUAUACAGCUGGAGGAUCAGCGGCGCAGCCGGAUCCUCGAUUACGCGAAGGACAAGAGACCGCUCAUACUCAACUUUGGCAGCUGCACCUGACCGCCGUUCAUGGCGCGUCUCAAGGCUUUCCAGGGAGUCGUGCAGCAGAACGCGGACGUAGCGGACUCUGUAGUUGUGUACAUUGAGGAAGCUCACCCCUCGGACGGAUGGAUGAGCACUGACGCGCCCUAUCAGAUCCCCAAACACCGGUGUCUGGAGGACAGGCUGAACGCUGCGCAGCUGAUGCACCUGGAGGUGCCCGGCUGCCUGGUCGUCGUCGACAGCAUGGAAAACGCCUCCAACGCCGCGUACGGAGCUUAUUUCGACAGACUUUAUAUACUGCAGGAGGGAAAGAUAGUUUACCAAGGUGGUCGAGGACCUGAGGGGUACCGGAUCUCAGAGCUCAAAGACUGGCUGGAUCAAUACAGAGAACGGCUGGAGAAAUCCAAUAACCUAGUUAUUCAUGUGUAGAUUACUUUGAAUCUCUCUAGAGCUGCUGUGACGAAAACAAAAACAAACAAUGCUGCAGAAUUUUCAGUAUUAUAACCCCGUUAGGUAGAUCCCCCCCGCCAUUAAUGAUUUAAGUGUAUUUAUUUUUUAUAUGGUUGGAUCGAUUUGUUCAACAUUGCAGGGUGUACUACAGUAGGCUCCUUGAUUUCAUUUUGGACCUGGUUUGUUUGUGAACGAAGGUGUUUCGUGUGUCAAAAGUUCUGUCUUUAGUUCUUCUCCCUGUGUACAUGCGCUUUGAACGAAUUCGCCAGGAUCUUGAGUAAUGUGCAUCACUGCUCGUCAGUAUUGUUGUGAAGUUCGGUUUUUAAACGGGAUGCAACCAGAGAACCGAUACUGAUGUUUUUAAUACUGGAUAUCAUAGUGAAGGUGCUGUUCUCUGCC